AGGGAUGACUUGCAUGACUUGAUCGCAUCGUCAUGAUCGACUCGAACCUUUCCCUUUAAAGCUGACCAUCAACCGAUCUCUGCUAGACGUAUAUACUACAAUCAAAGGAAAACAGCCAUGACUCGCCAAGAAGAACAGACCCAAUACACCCCGGACACCUUCAAGGUGCUCCUCAAAAAGCUUACACAAGUGCCGGAUGACUUUACCCCCGAGGACGUCGCCCAAUGUUUCCGUCACCUGUGUAGGAGCGAUGGAAAGGGAGCUACGGAGGCUCAGAUCGGAUCCUUCAUCACCGCAUUGACCCUCUCAGGUCUAGACGCUUCCCCUCAAGUCGUAGCCGCUUGCGCCCAAGUACUCCGAGAACACUCUGUUCAGAUCGGCUCUUACCUUUCUGGAGAAUCGCAAUCCGAAUCCUCUGCCGACAACCAGAGCAAGCACACGAGUGUUGAGAAGUGGGAUUUCAGCAAGACCGAUAAUGUAGGGGACGGUUAUACCGGCCUGGUCGAUAUCGUCGGGACUGGCGGGGACGGAUUUGACACAUACAACGUGUCAACAACUGCGGCGGUUGUCGUAUCCGGGACUGGUCUGAGGGUUGCCAAGCACGGCUCAAAAGCCGCAACAUCGACUUCAGGCUCGGCUGACCUUCUCAUGUCCCUCGGAGCCUCCCUUACUUAUCCCCCUUCAGCCCUUCCUACCCUCCUCUCCACCUCUCCCUUCCUCUUCCUCUUUGCACCGCACUACCACCCCUCCCUGGCCCAUCUCGCUCCGAUCCGUCGACAACUGAAUUUCAGGACCAUCUUCAACGUCCUCGGUCCGCUUAUCAAUCCGGCUAGGCCGCAGAGGAUGGUGUUGGGAGUAGCCAAGAAGGAGUUGGGGGACACGUUUGCAGAGGUUUUGAAGCUCUUGCAGGUCGAGCGGGCUUUGGUCGUUUGUGGGAAAGAGGGCUUGGAUGAGAUCAGUUGUGAAGGAGAGACUUGGACAUGGGAACUCAUCGACGGCGAAAUCACCACGGGCUCCAUCCACCCCACACGCGACUUUGGCCUGGCGACCCACCCUAUCAGCUCAGUCCGAGGAUCCACUCCGGAGCUCAACGCCCUGACAUUCAAGUCGAUUCUCGAUCCGGCUUCUCCAACGCCACCUCACCUCUCCGCACCUGCAACUCCGGAUUCGCCUUCGAUCGAUUCCAUUACCGAUUACGUCCUCCUACAAUCGGCCGCUCUGCUCAAGGUCGCUGGGAGGGUGGACAAUUACAAAGAUGGUGUAGAGAUGGCUAGGCAGAGUAUGUCUUCCGCAGGAGCUUUGAAGGCUUGGGAAGGAUUCGCACGGAUCAGCCAAGAAGCCACGGCAUCUGUCGCAGGCGGACCGGGCAGGGUGGAGGAGGACGGAGGAGAGGCUGCGAAGGGUGGAUUGGUUCCCGCUUGGUUACAUGCCAAGGGGGAGUUCAGGGAAAAAAAGGAGAAGGAGAACAAGUGAUGAUUGGCGAGUCAAGGAUGCGUGUUGUGCAUCGUCCGUACACCGCGGGCAGUUCUCGAGGGCGAACACGAGAUUGCGUUCCAUCGUCUCUCAUGGCAUGAAAAGUCUCGUCUCGUUUCCACAUCUUCUUUCGAGAAGUGGCGUCUAGGGUCGAAAC